CAGUGUUGUGCAAUAGUAGCGUGUAUCGACUAGGAUAACAGUAGUAAAGUAUAGUUUGGAUCAUGUCGUGUUCAUUUUCUCUGUCGGAUUGCUCAGACUGACAUGAACAGCGAGAUUUAGGCAGACAGACACUACCUCCCCUUCCUGUUCACCGUGUUCUUCUCCUUGGCAACGGUCAGCUGACCUAAAUAGAGUUUAGGGAAGCCCAUUCAGCAACACCAGCCAGUGAUGCGCACAGGCAGUACACAGACCGGGUGUCGGUCUCAUUCACACUCGCUCUGAUGCACACAUGGAGCCCGCCGGCGGCUCCGACCACGGCCUCAUGACUCUCGACAUUAACUCUUCCCCACAGCAGAAAGAACUCACACAGACGCCGCUUCUAAAGAUCUGGGUACCGUGGAUGGGCAGCAACUUGAAUCGAAGGAGAGGAUCGUCCGUGCCGCAGUUCACCAACGCUCCCACCAUGAUAGUGAUGGUGGGCUUACCAGCCAGGGGAAAGACCUACAUCUCAAAGAAGCUUGCCAGAUACCUCAACUGGAUCGGAGUUCCCACCAAGGUGUUUAACGUGGGCCAGUACCGCAGAGAGGCUGUUCAGACCUACAAGAACUUUGAAUUCUUCAGAGUGGACAACGAGGAAGGAAUGGCAAUCCGCAAGGCAUGUGCGGCAGCUGCCCUGAAGGACCUGGCUGCGUACUUCACUCAGGAACAGGGACAAGUGGCCGUGUUUGAUGCCACUAAUACGACCGAAGAGAGGAGAGCGCUUAUAUUGUGCUUUGCAAAGGAGAGGGGCUACAAGGUAUUCUUUGUGGAAUCGAUGUGCAAUGACCCUGACAUCAUUGCAGAGAAUAUACAGCAAGUGAAGUUAGGAAGUCCGGAUUACGCCGAUCGAGACACAGAGGAGGCGAUGCAAGACUUCAUUCAGCGUAUUGGAUGUUAUGAAGCAACCUAUGUCCCCAUAGAUGAUAAGACAGACAGGAGGCUGUCCUACAUCAAGAUCUUCAACGUGGGCAGCAGGUACCUGGUGAACCGCGUCCAGGGUCACAUCCAGAGCCGGAUCGUCUACUACCUCAUGAACAUCCACGUCACGCCGCGCUCCAUCUACCUGACCCGCCACGGGGAGAGUGAACUCAACCUGCUGGGACGUAUCGGGGGGGACUCAGGGCUGUCACCGCGGGGCCAGAGGUAUGCACAGGCUUUGGCCGGCUUCAUCGAGGGCCAGAACAUCAGUGACCUGAAGGUGUGGACCAGUCACAUGAAGCGGACCAUUCAGACGGCAGAGGCUCUGGGCGCCCAGUAUGAACAGUGGAAGGCCCUCAAUGAAAUUGAUGCUGGCGUGUGUGAGGAGCUGACCUAUGAGGCGAUACAGGAGAACUUCCCAGAGGAGUUUGCACUGAGGGACCAGGACAAGUUUCGCUAUCGUUACCCCAAGGGGGAAUCAUACGAGGACAUGGUUCACCGUCUGGAGCCAGUCAUCAUGGAGCUGGAGAGGCAAGAGAAUGUGCUGGUCGUGUGCCACCAGGCCGUCAUGCGCUGCCUGCUGGCCUACUUCCUGGAUAAAUCCUCAGGGGACUUGCCUUAUCUGAGAUGUCCUCUGCACACGGUGCUCAAGCUCACCCCACAAGCCUACGGGUGUAAAGUCGAGCCCUUUUUUCUGAACGUUGAAGCAGUGAACACACACCGAGAUCGACCCGCGAACGUCGACGUCAGUAGAGAACCAGCGGAUGCCCUGCAGACCGUCCCUGAUCACAUAUGAUGACGACUGGGAAAUAUUGACUAAAAUGACUUACCCAAUACCCAUUAGCUGCGAUGUUAUUCUCAACAUUGUUUCACAAUGGGAGUCCAGGUCUUGCCUUAAUGUUAGAAAAUAGCAGUUCCCAAACAAACAACAAAUAUAUGGUAGGCCUUCGAUACAAUAUUUAUAAUCUACAGACAAAUCACCACUUAGCCUUCGCCAUGUUAAUAAUGAAUUUUGGAUGUUUGUUGUUUUGGCAUAUUGAUACAUUUGUAAUCAUUGAAAUAAGAAAAAAAUACUCUAGCAUUGUCA